CCACUAAGUAUCUUCUUGCGGUCAACCAGCAACUGGGAUACUUGCUUCCAAACAGGGGUCUCUCUGCUCGCAGGAAUCGCGACGGAACAACGCGCAUAAAGAGGAAUCCCUAUCAAACCAUACCAAACGACCCAGGGCGCUACUGCUGCCAAACGUUCGUCACAAGCACUCUGCCAACAAGACCUCAACGUUACGCUCUGCUCAGACCGCUUACCCAGUUCGCUUGCGAAUCCCAGCUGUUAUUGUAACAAGAACGGUGGCUACCUCGCCCACAGUCGUUCAUCACACAUAAUUGGCAAGUCCCGCGAUGGGAUUGAAGAGAAGUCAGGAUGCAACAGCGACGAGAUGAAAUUCUAGCGAAGAAGGCCAAGCUUGCCGAGCUCAAGCGACAGAGAGAGCUUCGCGCAAGCCAGGCGACGGCGAGCCGGCAAAGCGCGGGCAGCCCAGGCGACCUUGUAUCGCCCAUUCCAGGCCGAGCCGAGAACCGCCGCGAUAUCGAGACCUUGAUCAACAGCUUAGUAGGGGAAAGUCGACCUGGAUCCACGAAUGGGGGAGCCGCAUCGCCGGCUCGUAGGGGCAGCCGACCGAACAGCGUUCUAAGCGCGGGAGAGUUGAGCACCGCAACCUCUGAGUUCGCAACCCCCGCCAACGGCCAACCAACACCGGCUCCAGUUGCCGCAGCACCACCCGUACAGCUGAGUCUGACGACUGUACCACUUACCACGAUAUACGAGUGCCCGCCCUCUCCUGUGAAGGAGGUCCACUCAUACAGCAAGGGAGUGCAAACGGCCGAGGCAUGGACAUCGCCGACUCGACUACGAGCCCAGUCGCUCUCCGACAACGAGGACAUCCCCCCAAUCACAUCAACACCCAGCAAGAGGCUGAGCAGGAGACAGCGUGAUCGGGAGGAAGAGUUGCGACAGGACAUCAGAAAGGAAGUGGAGGAAGAGUUGAAGGCCUCACUGGACUUGCUCAAGGAUGGUGUCAUCCCGAACGACGCCUCCAACAAAAAUUACCCCAUGCGCAAGCUCACCGCCGAAGAACUCGAAGCCGUCACCGGCGCGCCCGACUUUGCCGAUUUUCUUGAGAAGUCUACCAAGGUCAUUGAGCGAGCGCUCGACCAGGAGUACGACAUUCUCACCGACUACGCCCUUCAAGGACAAGACGUUGACGACGAGGACGACGAGAGCGGCAACUUUGGUGGCAAGGGCCGCCGGAGAGUGAAGGAAGUGGCACAAUUUUUUGACGAGAGGUGGUCGAAGAAGCGCAUGAUCAGCAGCAUCGACUUCUCACAUCAUCAUUCGGAACUGAUGCUCGCAUCAUACACCAAGAAUCCAACUGCACCGCAUGAGCCAGACGGACUUGUCCAAGUAUGGAGCUUGGCCCUGCGCGACAGACCAGAAUAUGUUUUCCAUGCCCAGUCCGAUGUUCUCACGGCCAAGUUCUCGCCGUACCACCAAAACCUAAUUAUCGGCGGCACUUACAGUGGCCAGGUCCUCUUGUGGGAUAUGAGAGCAAAAUCAGCACCCGUGCAGAAGACGCCUCUUACUGGGUACGGACACACGCAUCCGAUCUACUCGGUCGACAUCGUUGGUACGCAGAACGCAAACAACAUCAUUUCAACCUCAACGGACGGCGUGGUUUGUGGCUGGAGCAUGGACGUAUUUGCUCAGCCGCAGGAGCUGCUCGAACUUAAAGCACCGCCCGGAUACAAGUUGGACGACGUCAGCCCGACCUGCUUGGCAUUCCCGCAAACCGACCCAACCUUUUUUCUCGUCGGUAGCGAGGAAGGCACAAUAUUUCCCUGUCACAGAUACGACCGAGCGGGUGCCAAGGCGGGCGUUGAUGCGCGGGUCAGCUACAAGGGCCACACGGCACCUGUCAUGUCCGUGGACUUCCACCCUGCGCGCGGCCCGGUGGAUCUCGGUGACUUGGUUCUCUCAUCUUCACUUGACUGGAGUGUAAGGUUGUGGAAGGUUCGCGCGCCUGCGGCAACUUCCACAGCAGCAGGCGAACCAACGGUUUCACCCCUCAUCGACUUCGUGCGGGAAGAUGUUGUUUACGACGCCCAAUGGUCGCCGAUCAAGCCCAGUGUAUUCGCUCUUGUCGAUGGCGCAGGAUGGCUUGAGCUAUGGGAUAUCACGGUCGAGACCGAGGAGCCUGUCGCAAGAAUAUCGCCAAGCUCUCGCAAGGAUGGUAGAACCAUGUUGGCUAAGAGUUUGAACAAGGUAGUUUGGGAGCCCUCCGAGGGCAAGCGUUUGGCUACGGGAGGUAUCGAUGGAGUGGUGACCGUCUUCGAGGUGACCUCUGGUCUUGGUGGUCGAGAUGAUCUGAAGGCGGAGGAAUGGACGAACGUGAAGAAGCUGGUCAAUAGAGUUGAGGCUCACGGACUGAACGGAGCGAUGGUGUAGAGAAGCCCCAUCUUCCGUCUGUGUACUUUUUGCCCACAGUACAGGUCGGAGUUACUACCAUUCGAUUUUGUUGCUAAAAGGCGCAUUCUUGUAUACCCUGAUACUGUGUUAUUAUUGAGCAUGUCAAUACAUCUGUCGAAAUAACCGUUGUUUAGUGGCCCUUAUCAUCGGAAAAUUGGGGGGGUGUCAGAAGCGAUGUGCUUAGUCAGCUACAGCAUAAAGGCUUUUACCGAGAGUCGACAAACAAUUUUCCUACUUCGUUCAUCCCACCAAC